AUGAUACGAUCGCGCGACCCCCGCAUCCGGCAGCGGAUCAACCAGAUCUCGUAUAACCUUGAGACUGCCAACGAGACGGCGCAAGAAGGGAUUUACGCUUUCUCUCACAAUUACAUUUCACCAUGUUUUACAUCCAUUGGAACCUGCAUUGCUGCAUGUACAGCCUCUUGCCUCCCAGGGCGUGAAGACCACCUAAGGCGACGACGACGCGGCCAAGCUGAGGCCAACUUUGAUUUCUACGAUGAUUGGGACAAUGAAGAAGAUGACGACGGCUUACUAGGUUGGGGGUCCGGCGAACUCGACCGUCUUCUCGCUGGUAGCGGACUGGCGCGCGGAAAUGCAGAGCAACCCCGCCGGCCUAGGAGGAUGAGCUAUGGGACACGCAAUACCAGGCGAAGAAGCACCGUACACAUACCGGACAAUCGCGCCGACCCGACUGUGAUCCCCAGCUCUUCAUUGCUUGGUUUUCUAGAGCGCUUUCCAUGGAGAUUUGGUGCCAGAGGAGUCAAGUACCGGCCUUCGGCUGCUGAUCUUCAAGAACAUCCCGGAGCCCGGCGCUAUGCGCACGAAGACGAACCACUAAUGGAAGCUAUGGAUGACGACGCAGGCCGAUUGUCUCCCGACAUUAACGGGAGGCAUCGCAGUGCGACUCAGUCAUCUCGUGCGACGGAGAAUUCUCUUAGCUCGCGCGGGGAUCUUUUCCCUAGCGAUGAAGAGGAAGAUGCAGUACCUCUCGAUGAUGAAUUCGCACUUGCCUUCGGGCGCCGUGGAACGGGCUUAGAGUCGGAUGAUCAAUCCGGAGCCAAAUCUGAGGUUAUCAAGUCUGGAUCUGCAUCCAGUGUUGGUGACGCGUCCGUGGACAAGAAAAAGCGGAAGAAGAAACGCUCUCAAAGACGAUCCACUUCUUACAGUAACGCCGCAUUCUCCCAGGGCGCUAGCACUCCAUCCAUGGCAGACUUGAAGACAGAAGAGGAGCGGGCCGCAUUGGUUGAAGAGGCCGCGAUUGCAAGAAAAAGGCUUGCUGCACACGAGCUGGCAUUGAGUCGAGGGCUUGACCCGCGAGGUAGUGAUAAGGCUGCCACAACAUCCACUAAUCCAAGUGUCAUGAUAAAGGACGAGGAUAAACCCAAUGCGCCUAAAAGGACACUCAGCGAGUCAUCAAGCCGCCGAUUUUCCGUCGACCAAACCGAGCCUUUCCCACCUCUCUCCAUGUCACCCUCGUCAUUCGCCAUGGAUUCUCAGGCCUUGUCAAAAGCCUCGCCCAGGCCUGUAUCUCCCCAUGAGCUGACUGACAAUACGACCUCUCUCGAUUGA